GAUGGUUUAAAUUUCCAGGACAUUAUCGCGUGCUCAAUUUCUACAGUGACAUUUCGAUCUUUGCAUCUGUAACGUGCACUUAACAAUAAUUUUAACAUGCCAAAAUUAGGAUAUUGGAAGAUUAGAGGUCUUGCUCAGCCCAUCAGAUUUUUACUGAAUUAUGUCGGCGAAGAAUUUGAAGAUGUUCAAUAUGAACAAGGAGAAGCUCCUGGAUACAGUGUUGAAGAAUGGACAAAAGUUAAAUAUACCUUAGGAUUAGAUUUUCCCAAUUUGCCGUAUUAUAUUGAUGGAAAUGUCAGUAUGACACAGAGUAACACUAUAUUAAGAUAUAUUGGUGGUAAACAUGAUUUAUUGGGUAAAACAGUCAAAGAAAAGGUAGCAUGUGAUAUGAUGACUGAAAAUGCCAUGGAUUUUAGAAAUGGAGUAGUUAGACUGGUCUAUAAUCCUGAUUAUAAAAAGUUAGUUGGAGAUUAUUUUAAAAAUUUACCUGAUACUCUUACCAAAUUUGAAAAUUAUCUUGGAAGUAAACCCUGGUUUGCUGGUGAUAAGAUAACUAUUUGUGACUUUCCAAUGUACGAGUUAUUAGAUCAACAAAGAAUCAUGUCACCUGGCUGUUUGGAUAAAUUCCCCAAACUUUGUUCUUUUCUGAAUCGCUUUGAAGCAGAACCAAAGAAUAAGGCCUAUAUGUCGGGACCUAACUUUAUCAAGAGACCUAUCAAUAAUAAAUCUGCAGGAUUCAGAUAGAUUUCUUCAGGACAAAAACACCAGAAUAUUGAAAUGUAACUUUGAUCUAUAAAUUAAAUUGAUCUUAAUAUGUAUUUUG